AUGGAGAGAAGGCGCCAUUACGAGGUCCUGUGCAUUGCCGACUUCAGCUCUGCCGAGGAGGUGCGCCUUGCGUACAAGUCGCUCGCCCUCAAGUACCACCCCGACAAGAACUUGGGCGACCCGACAGCGGCGGAGCGCUUCCGCGCAGUGUGCCGUGCUUACGAAGUGCUUUCGAAUGAAGAAACGAAGCGCAAGUACGACCUCGCGCUGCGCGCUGCCCUAUCCGAGUAUGGCCAGCGCGCUAGUGGCAAAACCGGCGGCCAUGGAGUCGCCAAUCCGUAUUCCAUGGCGGCCCCCUCUAUGUCGGAUAUGUACAGAGAGCUGUACCAACGACAAGCCGCGCGGGCUAGCACACGCAACCGCACCUCGUCGGCGCCGCCGCAAAGCGGCAAGGCAUCUACCUCACAGUACACUAAGGCGCAGCAGGAGCACUUUCGCAAGCGUGAGAGGGAGCGGCAACAGGAGCUGCGCCGUCAGAGGGAGAAGGAGAGGAAGGAGCAGCGUGAUCGAGAGCGGGAGGCGCUGCGCAGAGAGCAAGAGCGGCAAGAAGAGCUGCUUCAGCAGCGGUGGCGUCUGCAGCAGCAGCAACAGAGGGUGUACCCCGCGCGCGGAUCAACACGCAUCACAAGCGCAGCUGGCGCUGCAUCACCGUCGACCGGCACAACUAGCGACUCCACAGCUCACAUCGACGACGGUAACGGCUUCUCGCCUCGCAUGCGACGUGGAUCCCCAUGUGUGACGACGGAUGGGGUGCGUAGCGGCAUUGAAAGCCAUGCGCCGAACACGGUGCACCUUGGCACGCCGGCGCGGUUGACAAUGUUGGCCCGCAAUGGCGUCGCUACCACACCGCAAGCGUUCCGGGCGUACUCGCCAUUAUCUCUGUCGCCACGGCCGGCCGCCAAGCCUCGUUGUGCCGAGGCCGACGCGCCUGGUGAGCCGUUGUCGUCAUCCACGUGGCGGGAGGAGGAGACAGCGGAUGCGGAGGCGGUGGAGGGUGGGCUGUCGACAGGCUGGCACACGCACCCCAACGCACUCGUGAACAGCGGCGACCUGGGGGAGAGAGCGGCCCACUACAGCAGCUACAGCAGCUGCGCCGGCUCACCCGUUGGCGCCGAGGAGCAGGCGAUGGCGCAGUCGGCGGGCGUAAAUCGGGCCUUCCGCCCGGGGAGUGCGCCGCUUCUGCGACCUGCGUGUGGCGUUGCACGCGCCAGUGGCGUAGAUGCACGGUCGGCGGCGUCUGCUCAGCCGAGCACCCGCAACACGCACACCACGUCGGAGGACUGCAGCGAAGAUGGCACGGCGGCUGGCUGCGGAGACAACCGUCACCGCACGGCGUCCUCGUACCGUCCAGGGACGCGCAUCACGACGGUGAACCGAGUCGCGAUGCCGCCCGCGUCUUCCACGGCCUCAACGCCACGCCACUGGGGAACACCUCGCAGCUUCACGAACCUUCACGCAGCAGCGGCAGCGUCACCGGCUUCCUUGGCCGCGUCGCCGCGGGGCCAGUCAAUCACUCCGCGUUGUAGCAGCAGUGCGCAGAUGACGGCGAACGGCCGCAGCUAUAGCUCGUCUGCCGGAGCAGCAUCGACGGGGGUCAGGGUAAACCAAACCUUGCACAAUAGCAGCAGCAUCAACGGCGCCACCCGCCGCAGCAACCCCGCACACGCCUCCUUCCUCCACCGAGCGCGCCCCAUGUCGAGUUUAGCGGACAAGGACAGAGAGGUGCUCGACAAGCAGCGGCGAGAGCGAUUGGCGAAGGAGAAGGAGAGGCAGCGAUCAGUCCGACUCGCUGAGGAGGAUCGCCAGUUCCGUCGACUCGCUCGCGCGGCAAAACAUCAGCGCGAGAACGCUGCCGCGGCAGCUGCGAAGGCGGAGGCAGAGGAGCCGCUGUCCUUUGAGAAAGAGCUGGAGUUCCUCCUGCAUGACGAGGCGAGUGAGCGGGAGCAGCUGAUCGAGCGAGAGGAACAGCUCGCGUGGCGCCGCCUACAUCGCCAACAGGCGAAAGUGAUUCAGGCUGUCCUGGUGCGACGCCGCCUCGCCGCUCUCACGACGGAGGAGAUGACGUGGCGCAACGGUUUGCUGCAAGUGUGUCGGGUCGAGCGCGACCGCUAUUUCGUGUGCUUCUACGAGCGACUCGACCGCCUGUACCUCGAGGGUCGCGAGGGGCGUGAUAGGCGUCAGUUGGUUGGGCGUGAGGCAGCUGACAGAUACCAUGUACGUCGGGCCUCACAGCGACGCUCCUCCAUGGCAACUGAGGAGGCGUCGCAGCGGCGCCAGCUCUCUGGUAGCGCCAUGCAGGUGGUUCUUGGCCAGGGCGUGCUGGUCGCAGAGGCGGUGGAUUGCGCGUCCGCCCCCGCUGCGGAGGCGAAGGCUCGCCGCAGCUCUUUCCCCAGCGUUUACGACGAUGCUGCUCAGCUAGAGCAUCGGUGUGAUGUCGGCGUCAGGCUCGCUGGAAACCAACCUUGGCACCAGCAACAGUCGGAGCACCAGCAGCAGCACCCGGACCAGUGGAUUUCCCCCGCGGCACUUGCUGCUCAGGCCACUAGUGCACUGGACGCGAAGAGAGGCCGCGCUAGGAGCGCUACCAGCUCCACCGCCGUGACGGAUAUCUCUACGACUGGGUAUCCGGAGUCUUUCCUUUCGGCAACCGGCACGCUGGAGGCGGCGUCCACGAUGGCGGACAGGCUGUCGGGCGGUAGUGCCUUUGCAAGGGCAUCUGGGCAAGCGAGCCCGUGCGCAUCCCCCAAGAAACGCAGCGCGUUGGGCUCGUCGAACAGCACAGAUUGCCCUGCCAUCGCCGUCGCCACCUCCGCCAAUGGCGCGACAAAGAUGUUGCUGGCCGGAACGGAGCGGCGCCUACUGAUGCUCGCCAGCGACGAGAUUCGCCAACGCAGGCUGCUUGUGAAGCAGCAGCAGCAAGAGGAGAUGACGUUGCGUCGUCGGCGCGCCACGGCCCUACAUUGUGUCUUUGCCAAGGAGAAGGAGAACGCCGUCAAGCACGCACAGCGUUGUGCGCUUGUGGAGGUAGCCGCGCUCAGGGCGCAGCUGCGCACGUUGCAGCGGCAAACGAGACGCUUCUCGUCUCCACGCAGCAUGGAAGGCGGUUCCUCUGCCGCGGCCGCCAGCACCGCUUCCGGUUCCUCUGCCAAUUCCGUAUCGUUGAAGAUGGAGUCCUCGGCAGUGUCGCGUCAUGGCUCGCCACUGCCUAUGCUGCCUCGGCCCACCUCCGAAGCCGCCGCCGCUGCGUGUGCAUCAUCGCCCAACACGGCGCGUGCGCUUUCGGUUGCGAGCAUCCUCACGGCGGCGGCGGCGCUGAGCGGCUGGACGGCAUUGCCGGACUCAGAUGGGGAGGAGGAUUAG